AUCGAAAUUCGUGUUCCUAGGUAAGCGAUAUUAAAAGAUAAAUCUUUAUAAUAAAGUGGUAAUAAAUCAGGGAAUAUUUCAGAGAUUGUGUUACUACAGUAUUCAAUGUGGUCCAUAAUGCCUAAUAGUCAGAUGCCAACUCAAGUACGGUUCGAGAAACCCAAAUUCUAAUCUCGAAUUAUUUUGUUGCAUGAACCACAUUUCCAUACACUUUCGAGUUUGGAACAAAUUGUGCAUAAAUGUGCACCAUAAAUUGGCGACGUUUUUGUGAAGAGUGGCGUAUCUGGAUAAGACCACUCCUGAUCGUUACGUAUGGCAUUUUUGCUAUUAUUGUAGUGCCAUUGCUUAUUGUAAAUUCCGUAAAGGAUGGCUUUACAAAAAAGGAUCAAUUUAUUCUCAUUGGGGGACUUUUUGUCUUGUCUGCUGUUCCAGUCUCAAUUUGGCAUAUCAUUCAACAUGUAAUACACUUUACAAAACCAAUUUUGCAGAAGCAUAUUAUACGAAUUCUAUGGAUGGUGCCAAUUUAUGCUCUUAAUGCCUGGAUUGGACUCUUUUUUCCAAAGCACUCUAUUUAUGUAGACUCUCUUCGGGAAUGCUACGAAGCCUACGUGAUAUACAAUUUUAUGGUCUACCUAUUACAUUAUCUUAACUUGGGAAUGGACCUAGAAGCCACGAUGGAAUAUAAGCCACAGGUGUACCAUUUCUUUCCUCUUUGUUGCAUGCGCCCUUGGCCCAUGGGUCGCGAAUUCAUACAUAACUGCAAGCACGGAAUUCUUCAAUACACGGUCGUCCGGCCUAUAACCACUUUCAUUUCUGUGUAAGUAUAUAUGCAGGCCUGUUUGCUUAGCGAACAAUUCAUUUUAAUUUGUUACGACACACAAAGGAGUACAUAUUUGCAUAGUAAAACUGGUCAAAAUUGA